AUGGCGAGAGCUCCAUCGUCUCCAGGUUCGCCCUGGAGCGAUCCCGCUGUCGUGCUCGUCGGCCAUCAACUGGAGCAGGUCAACAAACUCCAGCGCGAGCUCGCUUCCUGCAAAUCCGAUGCAGAGAAGGCCAUGGUAUGCCGCCAAACACGAGACAGCCUUCUGGGCGACCACGAGAAUUUGGAGAUCUUGUCCGCGAUCUGCCGAGAUGUCAUGGAAGCUUCUGAGCAAAAUUGCACUUCUGGCGAGCUUGAUGGAUCGUGGCGACAAUUCACGCAGCUAGCCGCGAAGGGAGCGAAGCUACGGGCGGCCCGUGCCAAGGCUCUCCAAACGGUGGCUGAUCAUUGGGGUGCCCAGGUCGCACGCCACUAUGGCUGGGGGACCAUAUCGCACACCUACUGCCAACAGCUACACGCUGCAGCGAGGGAGAUAGACUGGCCAACGUUCGUGAGGAGGUUGAACCAAGUUCUGUUGGAUCGACAUUGGGCCAAAUCUCUCAAUGUGCAUCCCAUCCCAGCUUCCAUGAACCCGAUCACGCAGCCCGACAUUGAGAAAGCGAGAAGGCAGGACCAACGCGGCAAAAUCCAGCGCGCCAAAGCCAAGGGUCUGGCCACCGAGAAAGACCGGGAAGCCGCUUAUAAGGCAGCCAAGCAUGAGUCUGAAUAUUUUUACCGUGCCGCCAAUAGGUUGCCUGCCAGUCUUGGGUUGGACCGUUUCGGCGUUGUGGUGAGGGAGGAAUUUGACGAUCAGCCAACAAGUCUCGAGACCGACGGCCAAGAUGGCAAUCGAGCAAACCCCGCACCAUCAGCAGCGAGCAGCAUCGCCCCCGAUCGUCCACCGCCCAUCGGCUACAGUGGACUCUUGCAGACCGAAGCGGCUUGCCCGUUGCCAGCCCCAUUGCCUGCCGACAUCAGGGCUGCUGGUGGAAAUUCUUGCCCGUUCCCGCCAUCGCCGCCGUCGUCACCUGACGCUGGGACGACUCCAACUUUGUCGUCGACUGCAGAGUCUGAACAAGCCCUACCCUCGAGCGGUUCCCACGGCAAAAGAACAGCUCCGACACCCUCGGAUCGAGCGACCAAGAGGCAGAGGACUCGUCUCCCCACCGUUAGUGCUGCCGCUGAUGCCGGGAAAAUUUACGACUUAUUGGCCGAGCUCCAGGCCCAGGGCUCGCCUCUGGCCAACCAACCGCAGUUUUCGCAAUCGUUAGAGUGGGCCAGAGAAGAGUCCAAGAAGGCGUCCUCCUCGCCCGAUCUAGUCUUCAACGGCACAUCAGGUGCGACUAUGUCCGACCCUGCCCAACAUGGCCUGGAUGACGACGCUGCAGUGCACGCGAAACGCGAGCAAGCCAGAGCCGCGCGAACCGGCGCGCUUGGCCCGCCGAUACAGAGACAUAUUGGACAAGAGCAUCUCAUGCCGCACGCAGGUGCAAUUGCCGCCUUUGAUUCAACCUCCCCUAGCUUCCAAGCUAGCUCGUUCAUGCUUGGCAAAGAGCAGGCAAUAUGGGCUUUACGAAACCACAAUGCUCAAAAAUUCACAUUGAUACUCCUCCAGACGGCAUUCGACCAAGAUGGCAGGAUGGGGUCUUGUGUCACAUUUACCGUUCCCGAACCAAUAGCCCAUAAACUAACAAAUCGGCCUGGUGAACUUCCGGAGCAGAUGGGGCUCAUUCAGCUCUGCUGA